AUGUCGACUCGCAACAGCCGACGUGGCAUGGGGCCCUUUGGUGCCAACAAGCCGUGUGGCGUGCGGAUGAACCGCAAGAACCUCCGCAGCAUUCGUGAGGUGACCCUGGAUCACUACGAUGCCGAGUACAUGUAUCUGCGUGAGAACGAGCUUACCUGCUUUGACUGUGACGUGAAGAUGGAGCAGCUUCGUGUACUUGAUCUCUCCAUCAACGAUAUUGGCGGCGCUGUCGACUUCCUGCAGCAUACGCCUCAUCUUCAUCACCUCUACAUGACCGGAAACAAGAUCGACACCCUCUCCGGGAUUGCCAACUUUGCCGCCAUCGAGACGCUCUGCCUCAGCGACAACUCCAUCUGUUCGUUUGCCGGUCUUGGGAACCUGCCGAGCCUGCGCGUCCUCUCAUUGAACUUCAAUAACAUCACUUGCUUUGAAGGCUAUCCAACUCUGCCUAACCUGCACACACUGAACCUGGUGGGCAACCCCGUCACGGACGCUCCGAACUACCGUUCUAUGGCUAUUGCAAUCAACGGGCUGAACCUCGUCUCCGUGGACGGCAACCCGGUGAAGGUCGAGGAGCGCGCUGAGGCGGAUAGGUACAAGGGCAAGGUCGCCCACUGCGUGCGCGAGGGUUUCACAGCAGAUGGUGAGAACCCGGAGCAGGCUGCUUCCGCCUUCAUGGUGAAGAUGCAGCGCAACCGCCAGGAAGCCAAGUACCUCCAGCUGUGCUUCAUCAACCUUGCUCCUGUUGCGGAGGAGGACGAGAUCAUGGAGGGCAAACCGAUAGCGCUGUCACUGUGCAUGCAAGAUGUGCGUCCAUACGCGCAGCGCACCACAGAGGUGUUUCAGUCCAGUUACCUGUACCCUGUCAUCUUCAAAGUGUCCGGCGAGGCAACCGAGGUGUUUGUGGUGGGGUCCAUGAACAAAUGGACAGAGCCGAUAAGCCUCGAGCGGUGUGUUGAGGGCGACGAGGUGUACUUUCAUACAACCCUGUACCUCCCCGCGGGCGAUUACGAAUACCGCUACAUCGUGGACGGUGUGGAGAAGGUGUCUGAGGCAAACAGUAUGCCCUCCAAGUACAAGGAGGGAUUCUGCAACAUCUACAAGGUGGCGGAGCUGGAGCCACAGGAGGAGGAUCAGGACACAAUCCUUCACAUCCGUUGGAUGCGCAGCGCUCCGAACGGCUCGUAUGAGGUGAUUGAGGACGAGAACACUCUUACCUACACGCCGAAGGCGGCGGACAUCGACUGCUGCCUGCGCGCUGAGGUUCUGGCCUACGUCAACGGGCAGUUCUCCUUCCUCUACUUCGACAUCUCGACGCUGACCAAGCCGGGCCUGCCACAGUGCCCACGUCUCGAGCUGACCGGGGUGGCGAUGGAGGGUGGUCUGCUGACGGCAGAGGCAGACUACUUUGGCGGCAUCGAGGGCAACUCCUCUCUUGUGUGGUACCGCAUCUCACCGAGCGGCGAUGAGGUGGCCGUGGACAUUGUGGACCCGUGGGCAGGCUACGAGGUGACUCGCGACGAUAUCGGGUGCCGCAUCCGUGCCGAGUUCACUCCUGUCCGCAACGACUGGGCCGCUGGUGAGCCCAAGUCCGCGACGACGAACCUUGUGACCUGCUGCGGCCCGGAGUGCCGCACCAUCAGGAUCAUCGGCCACCUAGUCGAGGGUAGCCAGUUGGAGGUGGACGUUGAGUACAGGGGCGGUGAAGAGGGCCGCAGCUUGUAUCAGUGGUUGCGCAAGGCGGACAUGAACGACUACGUACCCAUCUCUGAGGCCAACGGCACCAAGUACGUAGUGACGCCGAAGGAUGUGGGUCAGUACCUGGCUGUAGAGUACACUCCGGUCAAUGCCGAGGGCGUUGCCGGUGAGACAUGCCGCUGCGUCCUGAACAACCGGAUCGAUGAAGCUGUGCCCAUUGUGACCCACCUCACCAUUGUUGGUGAGCUCAUGGAGCAGAAAACCCUGAGCCUCGAGUAUGACUGCAAAGGUAGCCAGUGCGGCGAGCACAUGAUCCAAUGGUACCGCCACGACAAGAAGCGCGGCAUCAUGACGAAGAUCGGGUCACCGAACAGCAACUCUGUGACGCUAACCAGCAUGGAUGUGGGGUGCUCGAUCGAGGUCUCAUUAACACCGGUACGUUACGAUGGCAUGACGGGUAAGGUGGUGAUGGCAAAGCGCAACGGUGUCGUGGCGCCGUGCGCGCCGGAGGUGAGGGUGCUCAACAUUGUGGGGGAUCUGGUCGCGGGCCAGGAGCUGGUGCUCCAGACGAAGUACAUCGGCGGGGUGGAGGGCAAAUCGAUCGUGACGUGGGAGGUCGAGGACCUCAAAACCAAGACGUUCAACAUCGUUGCCCAGGGUGUAAGGACCUACAUGCUGAAGGAGACAGACGUGGGCAAGAGGGUCAAGGUGACCUACACCCCCGUGCGCAGUGACGGCAAGGAGGGUUCUCCCAAGACGCAGAUUGCGCAAGUUAUGGGUAAGGCAACUGCUUCAGCACCAGCGGUUCCUAAGAUUUCCGUGCCUCAGCCCACAAACUCCGCUGCACCUGCUUCCACGACUGCGCUGUCGAUCUCUGUGAUGUCGUCGAGGGGUGCCUCGAAUGCGGAGUCCAUUGUUUUAACCUCGAUGGCGAGCCCGAUUUCGGAGUCCAUCGCCUAG